CCUGACCCCUGAACCUCCGGGGCCUCUCCGCCGCCGUCAUUGUUCGAACUGCAGCUCAAUCACAGACCGUUCGUUGCACAGCUCUAGCCUAGCUUCAGCCGGAGCUCCAAUCUCGCCGCCGCUGGGAAACUUUCCCAGAAGAAUUACAGUAUAGUACAGAGUUUCUGCUAGUUUCCGCCGCUGGACUAUAUUUGCUUUUUAAUGGCAAUUGGAAGGAGGAAGGAAUUCCAUUGGAAUGGUAUGUUUUUUUUUUUAAAUGGUAGUCAUUUUUUUUAGUAGUGAUUUUUUUUAAAUGGUAGUCAAUUUUUUCGUAGUGGUAGUGUUAUUGUUGUAUUGGUAUUGUUUUUGUCGCAUUGGUAUUAUUUUUGUCGCAUUGGUAUUGAUUUUGUCGCAUUGGUAGUGAUUAAAUCUGCAAUGGUAUUGAUGUUUUGUGAAAUGGUAGUGUUUUUAUUUCUUGAAUGGUAUUGAUGUUUUGUGAAAUGGUAGUGUUUUUAUUUCUUGAAUGGUAGUUUUCGUGUAAUGGUAUAAAUUUAUUUCUGCAAUGGUAGUUUUCGUGUAAUGGUAUAGAUUUAUUUCUGCAAUGGUAUUGAUAUUUUUCAAAGUGGUAGUGUUUUUCUAAUGGAUUGGUACUGAUUUCGUUUUUUUUUUUUUUUUUUUUUUGCAGAAAGAUUGAGAAAAAUAUGGAAAGGAAAUCUGGCUGGAGAUUACGGAAGUGAGAGAAAGAGAGAUUUUUAAUUAAUAGAUUUUUGUAACUACCUUAAAUGUAAUUUAUUAAAAAAUUAAUUAAUAUAAUUUAUUUUUCCAUACCCAAUUUACCCUUAGUAACCACAGUGAUUACUACUUUUGUAGUAAUCACCGUGACCUGUCCCCAGAAUUGGUAUCUGGUAAGCAAACAAAACUAAAAACCGGAUAGAGAUGAUCAUGGCGCCUUUCGAGUUCAAUUCCACUACCCAUUUCGUCGCUUCAUCGGAAUCUACCACGAUCGACGUCUACGAGCUGACUCUGUCAACAACUUCCCCGUCUUCAGCUGUCAGAACCACCGACUGGAAAAUCGUUGCGACCGUCGCAGCCACUAGUCACCACCAGCAGGAGAAUCAAUACGACGCCCUGAAGUUGUUCGAAGAGGAGAUCACGGGGCGGGACCUGCGCAAUCUGGCAGAGGUCCUUUCGCAGUCCCAUUUCUACGUCAACCCACUUGGCAAUUGCUUCAUAGACGUCUCCGCCGGCGACGGCGAGUUUGUCGAUCCGGCGUUUGGGGUACAGUUCUUGAGACUAAACGACACCUUCAACUGGUCUCAAUACGGCGCCGUUAACCCCCCCUCCGCCGUCCACAGUCGGCAAUCUGUGGGACACCCGCCACGGGUUCCCCCAUCACAGCGGCGAAAAGAGCGAGGCGAUUGUCGAUUACAAGAAGCAAUUGAACGAGAAGGACGAGAAAUUGGGGAAAUUGAAGACUCAAUUGAGAUCGAAUACCCUGGAUCUGGAAUCGGCGAAGAGGACUCUGGAGAAGUACUGCAAGUGGUGCUACGAUUUCACGUACAGGUACCGCGACACGAUCUCGGCAUCCGAGGCUGCGGCGAAGAUCCGGCGGCGGAGGGUGAAGGUAGCGAGGUCGACAUUCGUGGCCCUAUCGCCGCCGGCGGUGCCGAUUAGUCCCAUGCGUUGUCGGGUGUCGUCGUUUAAAGAGGAGGCGAUCGAUGCGUUCUGGCUGUUGGACGAGGACGAAAAUAUAAUAAUAAGGUGAAAAAUUUUAA